GUGCGACGUUGUUGGCCUGGAUGCAGCAAAGUUCCAGGAGAUUUUCAAAGAUGACAUCACAGUGAGGAGCUAUGCUGUGGCCUUCUGGACCCACUUCAUGGAGUGCCCGGACCAGCUCACGGAUGCAUGGGCAGAUGAGGAGCUGCUUUUCGAAUGGGCUGUGAGUGCAUUGGUCAGUGCAGAGAAGUAUGUUGGUGGGGUGAUUAACCCAGAUCAUCGCAACGCUGCAUUUACCAAGCAUGUCUUCAACAAGCGCCGUUCCAGUCACUCGGCUCCAAAGUGA